AUGGCGCUCAACUUGCUCGGCUGGUCGCUUCGGUACACCGUUGACCUCUCGGGCGCUGAGUGUGGGUGCAACGCGGCCCUGUACUUGACCUCGAUGCGGCAGAACAAGAAUUCCUCGUCGUGCUCGGACUACUACUGCGACGCUAACAGCGUCUGUGGCGUUGCAUGCGCCGAGAUCGACAUCCAGGAGGCCAACAUGCAUUCGUGGCACUCCACGCUGCACGGCCGGGACGAUCCCAACGGUGUUGGUGGCGGUUUCGGAGGCGGCGGAGAGGAACCUUCGUGGAGCGGGCCGCGCGACUGGAACGCUUCACAGUACUCGCCGGGUGGCUCCUGCAUCGAUACUAGGCGGCCAUUCGACGUGGACGCCGCCUUCCCCGUCGACGCCGAGGGGAGCUUGGCCGGGUUGGUCGUGACGCUUUCGCAGGAGGGCAAGUCCUGCCCGCUUUCCACGCGCACGGUGGGGUACGCCGGCAUGCCGGAGCUAACGGAGGCGCUCCGGGCAGGGAUGACUCCGAUCGUGAGCUACUGGAGCGCCGAUGACAUGCUGUGGAUGGAUGGCGCCGGGAAGGACAAGCUCGGCGCCUGCAAGAAAGACCGUCCCAGCCGCUGCGCGGAGUCCGUUCGGUUCUCCAACUUCUCGGUGGGGGUGGCGCCCACCCUGCCGCCAACGGCGGCGCCCACUCCGGCGCCCACCUCAGAGCCUACGCCCGAGCCGACCGCCGCUCCCACUGGCACGCCCACCGCGGAGCCCACGGUGGAGCCGACCGCGGCGCCCACACCCGCUCCGACCAGGCCGGCGGGGUUCUGCUGCCUGGCGGCCCCAAACCCGUUCGACUACUGCGGCUCCUGCCCCGGAUUCGCGAUGGCGCCCGAGGGUUCGGGGUGCGCGGCGUCGGAGGACAGCUGCAACCAGUGCGGAGGCCUAUCCAAGUGGUGUGAGACUGACGACUCAAAGGCCGAGACUUUCACCACCAGUCAUGCGCCCAAGAACUCCAAAAAGGCGCCCGUCCGCGCCCUGCUGGACAACCACGCCGGCAACAAGGAGCGACCGUCCGGCUCGGGGCCAGGGAGGUCGUGGCGGAGGUGA